UCAGUAGAGCAAGAGUGGUAUGCAUACAUUGCAGAGCCCACAGAUGGAUUUGUGGAUGCUAUCACAUACUGGAAGGCAUCUCAGACCAGGUUUCCAACCAUCUAUGCCAUUGCAAUGGAUAUUCUGCCUAUCCAAGCCUCUGCUGUGCCCUGUGAACGUGUCUUCUCAUCCGGAAAGAUGACAGUCACAGACCGGCGCAACAAAAUCGGUGGAGAACUCAUGGAAGCACUGCAAAUUCUCAAGUUCAGGUUCAAGCAAGGCCACACA